AUGGAUUCACAUUCGUUUUGCGUGAACGACAUUGCUGCAGAAAAAAAUAAAAAUCGAGAAAAAUAUAAUAAACAACGGCGUAGUAAUUAUCAACAUCGUACACAUUUAUCAAAAGAUAUUAAACCUUUCGAAAAAAAGAAAAUUAAACAAUUAAAAACAAAAGCCAAAACACAGUUUGGAAACAAUGAAACGUAUUUGCAACUCAAACAUCAUUUAUUCCGUAUUAAACCAACUAGACGUGAUCAAGAAAUACCAUCAGUUAAUGAUUCUCCACGAGAAAUCCAUCAAUAUGAUACAUUUAAUUUUAAUUUUACUUUGAACCCGUUAUUAGACGAUCAAUUAAUUGCUGAAUCAAAUGAUAAUAGUUUUGUUUUCGAUCAAAAUAUAUCAUUCUCACUGAACCACAAUGACGAAUCAGGCAUAAAAAAAAAUUAUUGCGACUUUUUUACGCUUAUCAUUUUAAUGGUUUUGAUAGGCUACAGAAAUGUUCUGGCCUUCUUAGCAAUGAAAACUUUAGAAUAUCUGUCAUAA